AUGCGCAUCCCCAUAUCUGAGUUUUCUCCUCCGGUCGUAAGCUUCGUGCUGCUGCAAGCGACCACAACUCAUGGUCGCAUCCGUGCCUUUCCCUCGCGGCUUUUGGAGGUGCUAACGAGCUGCGGGGUACAUGGGCUGGUGGUGUAUGCCAGUACCAGCUGGUACCAGCUGUGCAGUGCGCGUGGCUUGCUUUUUAUGCAGGGUCGCCAGGUUGAACUACCAAGGGGCCCCGGCCUGCACAUCAUAGCCAAUCAGCAGGCUACACGCGCUAUUGAAGCUCAAGAGGCACCACCAGCUGCGCCUGCAAACAAGCCUGCGGGCAAGCGUGGCAGCAGGAAGGGCAAGCGAGAGCAGCGCGGCGCCGCCCCGCCGCGCCAGUUUCAGUGCAGCCCCCUUGCGCGGCGGGGGACUGCACCAGCCGCCCCCCGCCGCGCCGCCGGUCUCCCGCGCAACUUCCAGCUCCCAGCCGUACAGCUACCCGACUCAUGCCAACGACCCGUCUCCUGUACGGCUGAGGGGGUUGGGGCGCCGUAA